UUUGGAUUGGAUCUAGGCUUGGAGAGUAGUGACUGUAGUGAGUAGUUUUUUUUCAAAAUAUUAAAAUAUUGACGUUGGAACGAAACAAUUGCUCUGCGAUAAAAAUAUAAAGAACAAUUAGGCAUUGUAAUGGACCGGCGUAAACUAGGCAACAAAAGCAGUGUGCUGCACAAGCAGUUCCAGUCGUCCAGUCAACUGGGAAUAACGCGAAUCAGUUCGACGACCUCGCAGAUGACGAAAGAAGCCGUCUCUAGGUCCGUUAGUGCGUUUGAAGCGUCGAUGAGGGCUAGAAAAAGAAAAAACUCAAGCGAGCGUGACUCGAAUGACGAGAACGACGAGCCGGUUGUGCGUGCAGUUACCAAAAAAAAGAGGAAAAACGUCAUUGUCGACAAAGACGACGACAGCAGCAACAGCAGCAGCAACGACCAAGAGCUAGCCGUAGACAUCGUGGGUUCCUUGAGCUCUGGAUCCUCGUCGCCCAAACGUGGUAAAAAGAAGAAGAUCGGUGCUGACAAGUUUGCAAAGCCUGGCUCACCUAAACGCAAGAACAACUUGGACAAAGAUGACGAUGACAGUGAACGGGGAAGCAACAACUUUGGAGGGUCUUACAUUCAUUCCCGACUAGAGUCCAUGGAUAGGAGCCCCUCCAAGCUGAGCCAGAAUUCCAACAGUUCGGUUACUUCGGCUGAUAAAUACAGGAAGAUUAACUUAAGAGCUCCUUUGAGUAAAUCUAAGGCACAAAAGGCACCAGCCAAACCUUUGGUUGAGAGGGUGAAAACCGCUCUGAGUCAAGCAUCACAGCAGAAAUUGACUCGAGAUAAUAUUGAAAAGGAGAAAGGAAAGGAUCUCGAAAACUCCAAAGAUGGGUCAGCUUCUAGAAGGACAGCUGCCGACAGUAUUAAUGAUAUGUCCAUGACAUCUUUCAGUGAUGAAGAGAUGUCGUUUUCAGAUACAGAAGUAGCCCCCAAGAAAGUGACAAGAGAAGAAAAGAGUCCUCAAAAGCCUACAACUUCCAAAGUUACCAAAAGUCCUCAAAAAGCAUCUACUUCAAAGGAAAAAAGAGGAUUGUCGAGAAUAUCUUUAGCUAAACCCAAAAAUCCUCCUAAAGCCAAGACUCCACCUAAGAACAUUAGAAACAGAAUUCCUGAUUCACCAGAGCUUGACUCUCUAGAGGAUCUUCAGAAUCUCGAGAGAGAUGUAAACGAUAAAAGGUCAAAAAUAAAAGGCCAAAAUGAUGAUGGUAGCUUGUUUACGGACUUUGUCAACCAGAUGGGAAUUACGUUGUAUUCUGGAGACAGUUCACACACAAUCACGGAAGAUACGAGGAAUAUUGUAAAAAAAAUGAAAGACUCGUUUGAUUCAAAAUUAUAUGAUGUUGAAAAUAUACUUGAAUCUUGGAAUAAUUAUAUGGAUGAUGUAGAAAAUCUAAAGAAAUCCUUGGUAGUGAUGAUAGUAGAAACUGAGGAAGGAACAGUCGUUUCUUCAAAAGCUGUGUCGCUCACUAGACUUUUACUUGAAGUUCCCCACUUACAAGUUGAGGUACUUAAAAAUCUUUUCAAAAAACUGAUUGAUGCUGUUGUUGCAACUGAUUCAUCAGAUGAUGCACUUUGGGCUAACCAAAUGAUUCAGCAGCUUAGGUUUUUAGAUAUGAUAGUUGAUCCAGAUUGCCUUAUCAGUCUGAUUGAAGAAUUAUUGAGCAGAUCUCCUGAAUGGUUUCAAAGAGACGUUAUACUUUUUAUUCCCGAUAUCGUUACGGAUUCACAGCAUCGCAUUACAGCAGAAAUGCUCAUGAAGAUCAUGGAAAUUAACAGUGAUAUGACUAAUAAUAUUUUAGACUGUAUGCAUAAUUUAAAUUUACCCAAGGAGUACAGAGAAGAAUUGAGAGUACAAGUUUUGGGUUUAUUAGAGAAAAUUUCUGACAAAAGCUGUGUUCCCAACAUUACUAGAUUUGUACUCACAGUAUGUGCAAGUGAAGCAGUAGCAUUAAAAUCACUUAAAGCUUUGAGGCUUGUAGAUAUGUCGCCCAAUUCCAAAGAAAAACCCGAAGAAUGUCAUACAAAUCAAAUGUUUAUGAUGAAUGCGAUAAAAUCAAACAUUUAUUUGUUUAAAGAAGUAGCUCAAGCUGCCGUUGCAAUUAUUAAAAGUUCUAUAUCGGAAGCAAAACCCUUGGAUCUCUUUUUGUCAAUUUUGUUGUACGAGACAACGGCAGCAAGAAGAAAAAUUGUUGAAACUGCCCUUCACAACCAUAUUAAGGAAAAUUAUUACAAAACCGAUUUUUUAGAUUUUCUGUACACAAACUACAAAAUCGUUUUGAAAAGUUUUCAAUCAACAACUCUAAAUUUAGCAAUCAAUCUUUUGAAAGACAACAGCCCUACUCACGUAGAGUUUGGAAUCGAAUGGAUGCGGAAUAUAUUUAUUAGUCAAGCUGACACACCCCACAGACAAAGGGAAGUAAUGGAGAGGCUCUCGAAUCUUUUAGGUUGUAGGGAUAAGACGGCAAAAAAUGCACUCGCUGUACUUUGCAAGAUGACUGAUAAUGAAAGCGAAUAUCGUUUCCUUGAACAACACGCGGGAUUUCUACGAAGUUUUUUGUAUAAAGUUGACAAUUUGGACUUUGAUGAAGUUGCAGCAUUGUACCAUUUACUUUUUGGAUUGUGCAUUCGGUCCGAAAAAAUUUAUGAUAUUUUAGAUGGUGACUUGAAUAUGAUUCUACGGAAACAGUUGACCAGUUCAAAAGUGAUAACCAAAUGCAAAGGAGUCGUCGCAGCCGUCAUGUCAAUUAAACACCUGGCUGGAAUUAGAGAAAGAAGCGACGAUGCGUUUGAACUUAUAAAAAUGACAUUAAGCAUUUUGAAAACUUGCGUGAGUUCGACAGCUCUUUUUUACGAUCAGUUAGGACAAAUCAUAGCUACUACAGAAAACAUUAAUGAAAACUUCUUGCAAAAUGUAUCAGACUUUAUGGAAGAACAUUUCGUAAAUACCUGCUGUCUCGACCAAAACCCAAAUGAUCAUUUAGAACCAAAAUACUGUAUCAAUAAUAGUUCACAACAAGACUACUACGUUUAUUUUGAAAAUGGCAAAACUGGAGCUUGUGUUGCUGUAUAUUUUAAGCUUCUCCGUAUUUGUGUUUUGCGACUUAACAAAAAUUUAGGAAGUAUAAACGCUAUAUUAGGUUUUGCUAUUUUAUUACCUCAAGAAAUGGAUUUGCCAGAGCCAUCAACCGCCGAUUACAUGAUACACUGUAUAAACUGGUUCAGAGAACUCAUAAGUGGCUUUGUAAGUGAAAAAGAAAAUCUUUACCGAGAGAUGAUCCUCAAGCGUUUGGACAGCUUGAUGAGUUUACAAGGUGAAUUUGUGUCAAUGGUCGCGAUGUGCGACAGUCACUAUCAGCCCCCACUUUGUUACUUCCACCACUUUCCAUCCCCGCAGUUUGUGCGGGUCGAUAUUAAACUGGGGAAAAAAGGUGGUAAGCGUGGAAAAAAGUCAAAAAAGGAUAAAGAAAAGGAGAAAGAUGAUGACAACGCCGAGUCAUCACACAGCCUGAAACAGCCUAUUGCACUACCUGAAUGGGACAAUUGGGAAAUCGGAUGCGAGAUGACAAUGAAAAACCCUGCGUUUUUCCGAAAAAUGGAUGCGAAAAUACUUAAUCUUUUGGAUAACAACUGUCAAUUAAUAACGAUCGCACAAACUUGCUUUGUAGUCAAAGAAAUUCUUGGAAUGUUUGAAAAUCAACCCUCAGUGAGUUUUAUCCAAGAAGUUGUUGAAUUAUUGCCAAUGGUGUGUAGUAAGUUUAAGAAAAUUGUCGCUGAACUAAGAGUGGAUAACGAAACCCACGAGAGGGAGGCUGUAAGGUUACUAUUAUGCCUUUUUAUUACCUUGUUCAGUUGGAAAGAGUUUCAAAAUUCUAGACACAGUAGAUUAGUUCGAGAGGGUCUUAGAUCUCUAGCAGCAAUGAUGAAAGAGUCAAAUUCCUCGUUGAGAACGAGAAAGGAGCUGGUAGCUGAAGCAUACAAGUAUUUCGAAUCACUGUCGGACAUUGCCACUGCUGAAAUUUCGUUAGCUAUCGCACUGGUAAACAUGUGUAGUUGUUUAUUGAAGCAUUCCGAAUCAUUUGAAAAAGAAUCCAAGGAGAAACAUGCAAAAAUGGCUUAUAGCUUUUUGGUUCUUGAGUGGAACAAUGAACCCAAUGGUCCCCGAUUUAAAUCGGCAGUCAAAGAGUUGUUGAAAACUUGGAUGGAAAACGAGCCUGAUCCACUGAAAACAAUAUCUUCAGUCAUUGAAUGGCUGCCAGAUGAAAUUAUGGCCCUUGAACGUCCGCAGUCUCGUUUGAAGACUCUUCCGGCUGUAACUAGAACUAAUUUCCAUUUAGUUUUUAAGCAAUUAUUUUGCGGUCUCGUCAAAGGUAUCAACAUUUCACUUGGAAUGGCAGAUACCGACCCAGAUCGAAUCCAGUCAUGGUUGCAAUUAGCCAAGUGUGUUGACGUAAUUACUGAUAUUUGCAAGGCAACAGCACUAAAUGUUCAAAUAAUAAUGUAUCUUCGAUACAUGGCCAUACUUUAUCAAACCCUUCUCACAUCUGGUAUGAAGGUUCUUGAGGCCAAUGUUAAGUAUCAAACGGAAGACGUGUUGGGAGUGAUAAAAGUGUUUCAAAAGACUGGAAAAUAUUUAAGAGAUAUUUUCUGUACAGCCCGAAAAGAUAAAAAUAUAUCAAUGUUAAAGUUAAUCCCACUUAUGAAGUCAAGGCGAGAAAAGUUUAUCUUUAGAGUUAAAGGAAUGUUGACAGCUAACAAUUCUAUUGAAGCUUUCUGGAUGGGAAACUUGUUAUUGAAUAAGGAUGUGGAUGGCGAAGAGGUUGCUUCUGAGACUUCUGAAGAUAUGGAUAUUGGCUCAGAAGCGAUUGAUAAUGCAGAAGAUAACACCUCAGUCGUAUAUGACAGUAAUUCUGAUUCUGAUCCAGAUGAAACAACGGAUUAG